AUGCUUCGGGAAGGGAUGUUCAUCGACAAUGAAACGGGGUUCAACUUCAUUGAGGAUGACGAGUCACCCGAGUAUACCCACUGGGUAACAGUCGAUUACGCAACAUAUCCGGACAUCACUCCUAAUCUCGAGGGGGAUAUACUCAUGCAGUUCUUAUCCGACCACAUGCGCCAUAACCAGUGCAGAAUUGAUCCCAAGCCUAAGCACCAUGACUACCCAUGGGUCCAGUCCAUUCCCGUUUAUGCAGAGAGGGACCUUGACAAGUAUGAAGUCGUCGCAAUCGCCAUCGAGCAGUGUAAUUGGUAUGCGAAGGAGAUUCGCGAGGGUCGUAUUUCUGUGGAUCGAAAGCGGAUCUUCCGUGGUGGUGUGCCGACCUCGGAGACCCUACCGCCAGAGACUUCUGUGGAUUUGGAGGAUCGGAUUCUGGACCAAUUGCUAUGGGUGGGGGAGAAUAUAGAGUGUGAAUUUGAGUAG